CAUACCGCUGCUCGCAUGAGAAGUAAAUUAGAAAACCUAAUUUGCUCAAAAUGAGUCAUUCUGCCAAGCGCACAGUCACUAAUAAAAAUAAAGGUCACCCGGUGGCGCGGGAGCGGCUUUAUGACCACUUAUAUGAUCCAACUUACACUGUGUCAUCAGAGACGGAGCACACCAGGGCCUGUCUCAGGGCCAUGAACCAUCGAGGCUUUAGAAAAGUCCCAGAGUUUGCACUGAUGUUUAGUGACCAACCAUAUUAUAAGGUUAAAAUGGACCCUGCAUACCCUGUUCCAUCUUUUUCUGAUUACCAUCGUCGAGGACAASCUGGGCAGCGCAAAGAGGCUCUGCUGCAGCUGGCUGGGGUACCAAAGUCUCACACUCUGCUAAAAACAAAAGAAUGUCAUGUGACUGGAGCUGAUUACUGGAAAUAUUUUAAAAGUCCUUUAACUCCUUUCCAACAUCAGUUUCCACCAAGUCUAAUAGGUGACUUGCCAAGGUAAGUUUCACACAUUCCAUCUGUGUUUUAUUAGUAGUAAAUAUAUUUUCUUUUUUUUUUAUCUUUGUGUGACUUCAGAGAAGACUUCCUAAAAACKGGUGGAGAA